ACAGCUUCCGUCGCUCCCGCUUUCAGAAGUUUAUAGUGCAAUGGGCGGAACGGACUGUGAUCUCCAGAACCGUUGACAUUAUACAGGACCGAAACUAGGAAACGAGAGUCACACUGAAGACAUCAAGGGCUAUUUGACCAAGAAGGAGAGUGAUGGGGUGCUGCGCCAGAUGACCUGGCCUCCACAGUCACCGGACCUGAACCCAAUCCAGAUGGUUUAGGGGUGAGCUGGACCGCAGACAGAAGGCAAAAGGGCCAACAAGUGCUAAGCAUCUCUCGGGGAACUCCUUCAAGACUGUUGGAAGACCAUUUCAGAUGGCAUCUGGAAAGUUUCGCUCCACGCGUCGCCUGCGUUCCUGGAUAGUGGAACAGGUGAACAGUGGGAAGUAUCGUGGCCUAGUGUGGGACAACCAUGAGAAAACCAUGUUUCGUAUCCCAUGGAAACAUGCUGGAAAACAAGAUUUCCGAACUGACGAAGAUGCAGCUAUUUUCAAGGCUUGGGCGGAGUUUAAAGGGAAGCUUGUGGAAAAUGGAAAUUCAGACCCUGCAUCCUGGAAAACUCGACUACGCUGUGCCCUCAACAAAAGUCCAGAGUUUAGUGAGGUCACUGAAAGGUCACAGUUCGACAUCUCAGAACCCUACAAGGUGUACCGCCUCGUACCACUAGAAGAACAAGGAGUGGUGAAAGUAAAAAAAGAGAAUGGACAGAAGCCAGCGAGGAGCAGCAGAAGGAGAAGCAGUGAAUCCGAGCAAGAUGAGCAGCAGAUUGCAUGCAAAAAGAUCAAAGAGGAGGUCUUUGUGCCCCAGCCCAUCAACAUGAGUGCACAGGAAAUCAUCCCACACACAGGAAGAGAGAUCACACACCAUGAAGAGGUUAAGACAAACCCCUCAAAGACUGACACAAGGGUGCACUCUUUCCACAUAACCGUGCUCUACAUUGGUCAGGAGGUUCUGCGGCGAGAAGUAAUGGGUAAAGAUGUCCGGAUCGCUUACCUGCCUCCCUCACCUGUCCCUCCAUCUCCAUUGUCUCUAAACGGCGCUGGCUUUCAUCGAAUCCCUCUCCCAGACCCCCCAUCAGACAUGAGCUCUGACCCCAGCCUUGCCCCACGUUUGAAGACUCUUAACAAAUUGCUGCCCUUCACGGAGAGUGGAGUUGUCCUGACCUUGACAGGAGGAGCCAUCUAUGCCAAGCGCUUCUGUCAGGGAGACGUGUUCUGGAGAGGACCACAUAACACCACCACAGGACCCUGUAAAAUGGAGAGAGCAUGCGAGCCCACCCAGCUGUUCAGCAAGGAUAUAUUCAAACAGGAGCUGGAUUCUUUCCGCAGUGGAGGAAAACAACCUCAAAGUGAGAUCACGCUGUGUUUUGGAGAAGAGCUGUGUGAUGGAGAUAACGUCGAUGAUAAACACAUCAUCAUCAAGAUAUCUAUCCCAUGGGUUGGGUCGCAGAUAAAAGAGGUCAAGACCCUCAGAGAUUCUAUUGCAAUUUCCAAAAGUUUGGCACAGGGGAAGUGACGCUGAACUUUGUUGAAGUAUUGGAGCAGUAACAAACCUUUCUGCAUUCUUGACAUUAAGGAUCAAAAUGAAGACGUACAACUACAUGUGUAUAUAUAUGGCAUGACUUGAGACAACUUUUAUAAACACUUUCCUGUAGAUAGCUUGUGGAAAUAAACAAUGUAAUUAUUAGUUGCUUUAAAUACAUAAAAUAUAUAGUCAUAUAGUAGUUAAAUCCACAUAUUUAUAAGUAAUAUAAAACAUGUCUUUUCAGUAUACAACUGUAUGUUACACUGCAAAAUGUAAGAACACAAAAUAUUUUGUCAUUUGUAACACUAUUCAUAGUGGAGUCUGAGUGAAGAUGUCUCAUAAAUGCAAUAACAAUGUACAUGGUUCACUACAGUUGUAGUAAAUCACCUUGUACAUUUUUAUCUAACGCUAAUGUUUCACUGAAUUUUUCAAUUGUUUUGCAAAUAAAUUAAUCAGUGGCAAUAAA